AUGUGGGAGUCUGGAAUAAUCAUCAAAUUCGCACUCAAUCAUGGUUUAAAACCAGAUUCACAAGUGCUUUCAGAACUUCAUAUGCAUUUUGAAAACUGGGAUAUUAAUGAAGUCACUGCUGCAGCUGUCAAUGAACAGAGUGAAUGUAUACAUAAGAUAAUAUAUCUUCAGCUGCGAAAACUUGUACAUGAUCAUAUAAGAUCUCAACAAGUUUCUAUUCUACAGGAAUCUGAAAAGUCAACUGGUGCUUUGAACUGGCUGACAGAGCAAUUGCAGGAGCAUGAGAUGAAUUUUGAUAAUGUGAUAGAAAUGAAAAUCUAUGAUGAGAAUAGUGAGAAUAGUGAAGAUAUCAAGUCUGAUAUCUCUGCUGAGAAUAGUGAGAAUCUUAAGUCAGAUGUAUCACAGAUGUAA